AUGGACAACGACAGGAGCUCAUUAUUACUUAGAGUGUACUAUAUUCCAAGCAAUCCUGAGUUGCCAACGACAGCAACAAGAACUGUGAUUGAUCGGUUCAAAGCAAUCCAUCAACCGGCUAGGCUUGGACGUUGGGCUCUAGAAUUCAAACUCGUGCGAGACACUGCAUCAUGCCUGCCAGCAGCAAACUUCCCCCAUAAUAAAGUGCCAACUCCGCGAUAUAUGCAUAUUUUAUCACUUAGCCAUUACCAAAAUCAUGGCUUCGUCCGAAUCUCACCACGACCUGAGGUUGAUCCGCUGGACCCAGCCGAAAUAGAGAAACAGAUGAACUCACCGCCACCUGUUCCAAUACCAGCAACUGGAGUUUCUUCUCAAUCGAAACCUUCUGCCGAUAGCAAAGACUUGAAUUCACCCUCUCAAAACGAAGCUCAUACGACGGCGAUAAAGACCUUCGACCCGCAGUCCUACCUGUCCUUUUUUUCCAUGACAACAAAAUUCUUCCAACCACUCUGGAACCACCGCUAUACCGUGGUCGUCACCUCUGGAGAAGCCUAUGAAGUAGGCGACUUUCGGGUCAGGAUAGGCGAAGUUCGUCAGACAAUGCCCAGGCCCCGCCUUCGUGGAGCAAUCGUGGAAAUCGAGUACCGUGGCCCAGGCCAGAGACAGUCGGAGCCAGACCUCACCCGAGAACCUGAAGAGGAUUGGUAUUUCGCUCCUCCUCUCCCGCACUACCCACCCCGUGAGGUUAUUAUACCUACGGAUGAAGACUGGGAGCUGGGAGUGAUGCUAAUACGUGAGCUGUGGGAUAAUUUUUCUAUACCAGGGGCUUCAGAAUCAAUCCAAGUCCCUGGAUUAGGCCUUGAGAGGCGGGAAUACUUUGACAAGGGGGGUGCAUCGGCUCAUACUGCACGCAAAAAGGCUAGCCUCGUUGGAGUUGACCUUGCGAGGCAGUACAUGGAUGUUUUCAAGUUUUACCGGUAG